AUGCUUCAAGUAUUAAAUCCACUUAUUACGUUAUUAAAUAUGAAUGGCAUUGAUCUUAACCUCUAUACGAUGAAUCAAACAGCACUUAGUUCUUCCUCGCCAAACCAGGAGUUCUAUUAUAGCAAUGACUUUCACAUGUUUCAUAUCACUUGUGAAGAAAAUCUUCCUGAUUGCAAUACACGUCAAAACCAAAAGAUUUAUAAAGUAACUUGCAAAACAAUUCCGAUUUCUUUGGUUGCUAAUAAUCUGUUAAAAAGACCUUAUACCAUUGAAUUUUCUGAUGCCUACAAUCAAUACGCAAUUAAUUACAACCAAACGGAAGAUAAAGGCACUAGUUGUCGAAUUGUAGUUGAAAAUUUUGAUCAAAAUUCGAAUACACGUGAAUUUAACGCUACUACUAAUGAAAGUGAAAGUUCCCAAUCUGAUGAUAGUGAAGCUAACUUCGCUGGGAAAAAUAAUGAACCUCCAU